UGAAUUUAGGGAAGCAUGGAGCAUCCAUGAUGCCCCAUCUAAAGAUGAGCAGCCAGCCUGACAGCCACAUGGGGGCUUCUCUCCCCCGGGGUUGGGGGGACACUGAGGAAGGUCUGGGUGGCCUGAGCUCACUCCCUUUUUGAGGAAUAAGAGAUGGUCGAAUCUGAGUGGCAUAAGCCACAGAAUAGGUAUGAGGCGCCGUGGAUUCUGAUAGCCAAGAGCUGUGGCUGUCUCGGAGGAUCCCUGUGCUCUCAGCAGUAGGAAGCUAAAUGUCCCGGGGGACUUUUCAAAACUGUUUCUGUGAAGGGGAGCAUGGGACAGAUUUGGUGCCUGGAGAAUGCAGGAAAGAAGCCGUGGUCUCUAGGGCGCCUGCUCCGUACAUGGUCUGCGAUGGGCCAUGUGUGUGUACUUCCCAGUAACCUCACCUUAUCUCAGAUCUUCCUCGGGAGACAGAGUGGCUGUCCCUAGCUUGGAGAAUUAUGAAAACAAGAUGAUUUGGGUUCUCCGGGCUCACCGCCUGCCUAUAGUGAGGCCUCAGGAGCUGCAGGCAGUGUCUGCCUCCCCUACCUCUCCCCAUGAGACCAGGUACUCUGUGCCACCAUGAUGGAGAACAGACCUACCAUGCAACCCACCAGAGGGAGAGUGGUGCCCUGAAGAGCUCCAGGAGCAGGGAUCCCCUCUUGACAUUGGUAACCCAGGCUCAGACUAUGAGCUGUGGUGGACAGCAGAAUCCUCAGGGCUGAGAGCCAGUAGGUUGUUAUGACAACAGAAACUCAUGUGAUAUGACUGGAACUCGGGAAUAGGCUCAAAGGACCUGCUGGCCAGGGCCCCAGGCCCUCCAGGGACCACACAUGCUGGUGCCACAGGCAAAUGAGAGCCCCUGCCAGCGAACCCCAAGACCUGCUGGGACCCCUGCCACCACUCUUCCUACUGCCCUGCCUACCCUGCAAGCCUGGGCCUCUGCCGCAGACAUGGAGAAACUCAGUGCCCUCCAGGAACAGAAGGGCGAGCUGCGCAAGCGGCUGUCCUACACCACGCAUAAGCUGGAGAAGUUGGAGACAGAGUUUGACUCCACCCGCCACUACCUGGAGAUUGAGCUGAGGCGUGCACAGGAGGAGCUGGACAAGGUCACGGAGAAGCUGCGCAGGAUUCAGAGCAACUACAUGGCGCUGCAGAGGAUCAACCAGGAGCUGGAGGACAAGCUGUACCGGAUGGGCCAGCACUAUGAGGAAGAGAAGCGUGCCAUGAGCCACGAGAUUGUCGCGCUUAACAGCCACCUGCUGGAGGCUAAGGUGACCAUUGACAAGCUGUCGGAGGACAACGAGCUCUAUAGGAAGGACUGCAAUCUAGCGGCCCAGCUGCUGCAGUGCAGCCAGACCUACGGCAGGGUCCAUAAGGUGUCCGAGCUGCCCUCGGACUUCCAGCAGCGUGUGAGCCUGCACAUGGAGAAGCAUGGUUGCAGCCUGCCGUCCCCACUGUGCCAUCCGGCCUACGCCGACAGCGUGCCCACCUGCGUCAUCGCCAAGGUGCUGGAGAAGCCGGACCCCGGCAGCCUGUCCUCGCGCAUGUCCGAUGCCUCGGCCCGCGACCUGGGCUACCGCGACGGCGUGGAGAAGCCCGGCCCGCGGCCCCCGUACAAGGGAGACCUCUACUGCAGCGACACGGCUCUCUACUGCCCCGACGAGCACGAGCAUGACCGGCGUCCCAGCGUGGACACGCCGGUGACCGACGUGGGCUUCCUGCGGGCGCAGAAUUCCACCGACAGCGCGGCGGAGGAGGAGGAAGAGGCGGAAGCAGCGGCCUUCCCCGAGGCCUACCGCCGCGAGGCCUUCCAGGGCUACGCGGCCUCGCUGCCCACGUCCAGCUCCUACUCCAGCUUCAGCGCCACGUCCGAGGAGAAGGAGCACGCGCAGGCGAGCACGCUGACCGCCUCGCAGCAGGCCAUCUACCUGAGCAGCCGCGAUGAGUUCUUCAGCCGCAAGCCCUCCGCCACCUACGGGAGCGGCCCUCGCUUCGCCAAGGCCGCGGCCACCCUGGGCUCCCCGCUGGAGGCCCAGGUGGCCCCAAGCUUCGCUCGGACUGUGUCUCCGUACCCGGCCGAGCCCUACCGCUACCCGGCCUCCCCCGGCCCCCAGCAGGCUCUCAUGCCUCCAAACCUGUGGAGCCUGCGCGCCAAGCCGAGCGGGAACCGGCUUGCCGGGGAGGACAUUCGAGGCCAGUGGCGGCCCGUGAGCGUGGAGGAUGUGGGCGCCUACCCCUACCAGGCCGGCGCCGCAGCAGGCCGCGCCGCCUCGCCCUACUCGGACCGUUACUACGGCGGCGGCGGCAGCGGUGGCAGUGGCAGCCCCGGCGAGAAGGCCGAGGGCCGGGCUAGCCCCCUCUAUGCCACCUACAAGGCCGAUAGUUUCUCGGAGGGCGAUGACCUGUCUCAGGGUCAUCUGGCCGAGCCCUGCUUCCUCCGAGCAGGUGGCGAUCUGAGCCUCAGCCCCAGCCGUUCGGCUGAUGCUCUCACUGGCUACGCGACCAGUGACGGGGAUGGAGAUAGGCUCAGGGUGCAGCUGUGUGGGGCUGGCAGCAGCCCGGAGCCCGAGCAUGGCUCCCGGGAUUCCCUGGAGCCUAGCUCCAUGGAGGCCUCUCCCGAAAUGCACCCUCCCACCCGCCUCAGCCCCCAGCAGGCCUUCCCAAGGACUGGAGGCUCUGGGCUGAGCCGCAAGGACAGUCUCACUAAAGCCCAGCUCUAUGGUACCCUGCUCAACUGACUGCCAUCAGCAGGCUGCAGUCAGGAGCUCCCUACCACCCUGCCCCAUAUAGGGAGUAGCUAACCCCCUUGUCCCAUCCCCUGCCAAGGAACAACCCUUCCAGUUCCUCCUGACCCUCUUACUGCCACCCCAGUAGAACCUGAAGAGACCCCCUCUGCCGUCGUCUUGUCCACCCCAGCCUCUGCUACAAACCCAGAAUAUUUCCGCUCUGCACCCUUCCCUGAAGUGAGCAUCCCCUGUUUUGUAAGUGAAGCUAUUUUUUUAGGGAAAAGAGUGUUUCUUCGCGCACUUGCCGCCAGAUUCUGGAUGGCAGCCUUGGCGUGCCCCACAUGAAGUUCACUUCCAGUGAGGGUGCGUGGGGCCUGCCCCAGGGAAGGGGAGGCUGGGGCCCUAGAGGGACCAGUCUCCACAAGAGGGGAGAAGCCAGAAACAAGGGAACAAGUGGGAAGUUCUGUACACUGAGGAGGGGGAACCAAAGCCACUUAGGGCGCAGAAAAUGUCUUAUGCUCUCGUCUCACAGUGCAGCCAGCACUCUGCCCUGAUCCACCCUGAGCUCUUCCGUGGCCCGGCCUGUGGGCCCAAGAGAGGCCAGGGACACCCCCAGAACAGCCGGUGCUCGUUCCUUCCCCUCCCCCUCCCAACACCACCUGACUCUACCUCAGACAUGAGGCUCCUCCCACCCCUGUGAACCUGUUGUCUGUGAUGCAUGCCAGUCCGUUAGUACUGUAUUUCGCAUUCCUUAAUAAAGGACAGCAGUGGAAAGAGCA